UUUCUCUUGUACUUUUAUAAGCAACACAGUUUGGUUGCUAGCCCCUCAAGCUGGACGGGAAAUAAAGGUCUAAUAAGACUGGAGAGGAUUCAACAACUCUGAACAGAAGAUGACUGCUUUGCUCUGCAUAACCCUCUUGUUCUUCUAUUUAGGAACAGCUAACUGCCAAGGGAUAUCAUAUGCAAAGACAUGUUCCUCCUGCCACGCUACUGCUGCAGUGUGCUCCCAGAGGGCAGGAUAUGUGACAUGCAGCUGUGCCUCUGGUUACAUUGGUAAUGGUGUGAAUUGCACUCUUUUGUCCUACUGUAGCUCAGUGUCAUGCUGUCCUCAAGGCUAUUCCUGGAAUAGAGCUACCAAGCUCUGUGUUGAUGUCAAUGAAUGCAGUGAUAACACGCUGAAUAAGUGCGUGCCUUCAUCAACUUGUUUGAAUAGAAAUGGUAUCUACCUGUGUAAUUAUAACAGAAACACUGAAUGUCCCACUACUGCCUGUUCCUAUGACAUGGAUUGUCUCAAUGUCAAUGGAGUCGUAGAGUGUGCUGAUCCUUGCUUGAAUUACCAGACACUGAAUGGAUCAAGCAGAUUGUCUACACUUGACUCUACUGGUAUAUUCCAAACUGACAGAUACAGCUUUGGCUGGUUCCGUUACACUGGAAAUGUUGGAUUAAGAAUGGCUGAGGGGUGUGUUAAUAGCUUAAAAUGUGGAUCUGCAGAGCCCUUUAGUCUUGGAGGCAAGCACCCAAUCAUUGGAGACGGAAUUGAGAUGGUGACUCUUAGAAGAAACUCAUUAACAGGCUGUGUAAACGCUUCAACAAUCCCUGUUAAAGCCUGCCCCGAUGGAUUUUAUGUCUAUAAGUUCACAGGCAGCCUGCAGUUUGAUGUCUUUUGCACAGAUCCAAACUUUAAUAUAAGCUCUACAAUCCCAACAAAAGCUCCUUCUACCACACCUACUAUAACUACCACACCUACUAUUACACCUUCUACAACGGCCACACCUACCACAACUGCUAUACCUACAACUACUAACCAAUCUCCAACUGUCACAUCCCUAUUCACUUCCCUGGAUGUGUCCACAUCAGUUUUCGCCAGUCCAGAGUUUUCCUCAUCUGCAUUUACAACAGCAAAUCCUAAUACAUUAUCACCAGUGUCAGAGCAAAAUAUCACAGUCACUACAAUAAAAACCACCAACACAAUGACCACCACAAGCAAAACUCAGUUAGUGAAUGGCACAGAGAUCACAACCCUGGAAGUCAACCAGACAACCAGUAUCUUCACUGAAGUAAAAGUAAUAACGCCCAUGAGUGUAAAAAUCAGAACCAAUAGUUCAUUGUUUCAGUCCACUGCACAUUUCAGAUUAGAAGAAGGAGUGCCACUGACAUCUACACACACCCAACCUCCUGACUGGAUGGGCUGUGAAGAGGCAUCUGCCAACUCACAGCCAUUCCAGCCUCAGCUCUACAGUGGCAAACCAGUGCAAACUAAAACCACCACUGAAACCACCUCCGCAGACGGAAAGGAUUUCAGAAGCACGACCACAACCACCACCACUACAACUGAAGAGGUCAUUGUGACUGUUCCUGAUCCUGAAACAACUCUUUAUGAAACCACUACUAUUAUUUAUUAA